UCUGGCUAUGUUUCUGAUCAUCAUCAUUUGCUGGUCUGUCAGAGACCGCAUGAAAGAAAAAAACCUGAGAGGAAGGUAUAUCUUCAUAACUGGAUGCGACAGCGGCUUUGGCCAUGCCCUGGUUAAACACCUUGACAAGAAAGGAUUCCGCAUCAUUGCGGCCUGUCUCUCAGAGGAAGGAAGUCAGCAACUUCUGGCCUACACUUCCCGGUCCCUGAAAACUGUGGUGCUCAAUUUAACUGACCCUUGUAGUAUUGACAAGGCUGUGAAGUUUGUGAGAGCAGAAACAGAAAGUCUCGGACUGUAUGGCUUGGUAAAUAAUGCUGGAAGAUCUAUGCCCAUGGCCCCCACUGACUGGAUGCAACUUGAAGAUUUCCACACAACCCUGGAUGUCAAUCUAAUGGGACUAAUUGAGAUUACGUUGAAGCUCCUCCCACUUCUGAAAAAAUCUAAAGGAAGGUUAGUCAAUGUAUCGAGUGUUCUGGGUCGACUGGCAUUUAUAGGUGGUGGCUAUUGUGUGUCAAAGUGGGGAGUGGAGGCCUUCUCUGACAGUUUGCGAAGAGACAUGCAUCAUUUUGGUGUAAAGGUGAGCAUUAUCGAACCAGGAUUCUUUAAGACAGGAGUGACGAAUUUAAAAUUCAUUGAGAGAGACCUAAUAAGACUAUGGAACCAACUGACUCCAGAGGUCAGAGAUUCGUAUGGAGAUGAAUAUUUAGUUAAAUCAGAUCUAAAGAUGCAAAGAUUAUCCAUGAAAAGGCUAUGCGAUUCUGACAUUUCUAAGGUCACAAAAUGUAUGGAACAUGCCUUGACGGCAAUUUAUCCAAGGACGCGCUACGGAGCUGGAUACGAUGCAAAGCUGUUGUGGCUUCCACUCUCCUACGCCCCGACAUUUCUGUCCGAUAUGAUACUGAGAAUGCUUUUUCCAUUACCAAGAGGCAGUAGUAGUAAUCCAGCAUCCAGGUUUCAAAUUGAUGUUUGA